UAUUGACCUGACAUACCAGUCCCUUGAAGUUAGGUGACUGGAAGCUAUUUUUUUUGCUGUCGAAUGGUGCAUUUUGAUUUCUGAAAUAGCGUCAUCUCAGGCAGAAUGGGAAACCUUUGUGUAAACAUUCAGAGGAAAACAAACCGGCGGCUCACGGCAAGACCUGAUAAAUGACAGCAGCCUAAGAAGAAACGCCACGCGUCUGUCUGUGGUCGAAGGCGUGGUGCGCAGAAGAUUAACUUGAAAGGUUGCAUCUCAUCAAUUGGAGAGCCCACAUGUACGGGGGAACAGAGAUAGGUGGCAGCUGAGCAACGAGGAACCAUCGAAGCUCUUUAGACGGAGAGAUCUGCUGUCGUUCACCUCAAUGGCCCAUGUUCGCUAUCCGGAGGAAAGGCCCGUCGAUGUGGCCACCAAUCUGUCUUCGGUGCUUGGCCAGCCACUAUGCGUCAACGGGACCCCUUGGAUUUUGUAUCUAUUUGAGGAAUGCGUCGAAAAUGUUUGGGAAUACUCAAGCGUCGUCAUUGGUCUCAUCUCAAUGUUUUGCUUCUUGUUAUCCACUCUGCCUCAGGUCUACGAGGCCUACAGAAACGGGAAGGUAGAGGAGGCCAUGUCUUUCGGUUUCUUGCUCUUCUUAUUGAGUGGAGAUCUCAGCAACUUCACUGGCUGUUACCUGACCAACCAACUUCCCAUUCAGAUUGUGACUGCUGUGUUCUACAUCUUCACUGAUGUCAUUCUCGUGUCCCAGUUCCUGUACUACAAGAUCAAAAACAGACGUGCUCGAAAAAACCCCUUCCUGAAGUGGAUCUGUUUCUUGUGGUGUGGAGCUGCCACCAUGGGCUGCAUGGUGCUCCCAAAGCUGAUUGAAGACCGCAAAGUCAAUACUGUUGAACCGAAUCCAUUGAACAGCGUUGCGAUCUCUGGCUAUGUCUGUGGAUACCUAGCCUCCAUAUUUUACCUGGCCUCACGUCUUCCCCAGCUCCACAAAAACUUCAAGAGACAGUCAACGGAGGGCACCUCCUAUUGGCUGUUUGCUCUGGCUAUGCUGGGGAAUGGAACCUAUGGUCUGAGCCUCAUAGUGGUGCUGCCUGCGCUGAAAGGGUCCAAAAGCCUCUUCAUCCUGAACCACUUGGCAUGGCUAAUUGGAAGCCUGGGGGUUCUCUUCCUGGAUUUCUUUAUCUCUGCCCAGUUUAUCUUGUACAGGAAGCGGAGUCCUUCUUUGCCCAAUCACUUUUCCAUGAAGAAGGUUCCGGAAGUGGAGCCCCUGCUUUGUGAGGAAGAAGAGGCAUGAACGCUGCAGUUUACUGGUCAUGUGAAAGUUCCAUAACAGUUCCUCUGCAUUUACUGUGGAAUCUGACUCCACAGAAUCGUGGGAUAGAACCCUUCACAUUGAAAUGGGUCAUAUGAAUAGUUCUCCAUUAGAUACAAGUACAACGCAGCUAUCAAAUACUGUGUUUCCCCUAGGAUUUUGUCCCGCAGCAGUGCAUGGGCAAUGUUACAUUCUCUAUUCUGCCAUCACUGAUCGCACUGACAGCCUAAUAUCUCUUCGAUGAGUUGAAUGGUAAUAUCUCCUCCGUUCCGGCUAGUUGUUGCACAGACUAUAAAGUUUAAAUGGAUACUUGUAUUUAAUAAGUCUAAUGGGUUCGCCACCACCAGACACAUAAUACUACAGUGUGACAAACUGAACCAUUUUAUCGGAUGGGGGACAAAAAAUGUCCCAUAUAUAUUUAGGCAAUAAAUCAUGUCAAGGAGUGGUAUAUAGAAAUUUUAUGGGGCGACAUUGACAUUGGCGACAUGGAGGUGAUAAGAGCAGCCGUCUGGCAGUCGGAGGGUUGCUGGUUUGAUCCUGCCCAGUGUGUGCUGAAGUGUCCCUGAGAAAGACACCUAACCCCUAAGUGCUCCUGAUGAGCUGGUUGCUGCCUUGCCUGGCAGCCCAUUGCCGUUGGUGUGUGAGUACAUGGAUGAAUGGGUGAAUGAGAAGCAUCAAUUGUAAAGCGCUUUGGACAAAGGCGCUAUAUAAAUUCCAACCAUUUACCAUUUACCACCUAAGGGGCGUUGUUCAUUCCAAGGUGGUUGUGAAAAAAUUUCUAUAUUCCACUGCCUGGAGUGAGUUAUUGCUUUCAUAAAACGGUUGCCAAACAUAAUAAUAUAGAUGUUAUAAUAUAUUAUAUAGACAUAAUCCAACUAAAACAGUUUGUAUUAACAAUUUAAAUACAACCACUUCCUUGUCAAUUAUUAUUGUAAGUAGUACCAGGUGGUUGCUAUGCAACGUUCGUAAACUCGUAACGUUGUUCUGCCAAACUCGCUAGCUAGUUAGUUUGCAAGCUAUCAUGAGUGAGCAAAUAAGAGUUUAUGCCUUUUUGAUGUUUAUUUAUAACAUUGUGCAAACACUGAAACUGUUCAACUUUAGUAGGAUCACGUUGCGUAGGUCUACUCGGUCUACGCGCUGCUCUGCUUUCUCCGGUCCAGUUUCCAUGAUUCGGUCACCUUAAAGCUCUCGCACUUCUGCCUGCUCACACAUGUCUCUCGCAAAUCAAGACCCUCAUCGGAUAGUUUAUGAAUCACAUGGAAACGGCGGAAGUGUGUAGCUCUGCGUCCCUGCUUGCUUGCAAAUUUUGGGCAACACUGUUGCAAGGUGACUGACAUGCAUCGUCUUACAUCUAUCUAACGGUUUCUAAUUUUGACUCGAAUGGCUGCUUCAUCGCGGAGUGAUACUUGAAAUAGAACUGGAAACAAGUAUUAGAACGCACAGCAGUGGUAUAUAGAAAAUGUAUCUCUACUAUGAACCAAUCAGAUUGCGAGGUUUGUCCUGCCCGUUUUAUAAUACAUUUAUAAAUACUUAAACGUAUUUAUUUUUUUAAUCUAUUAGAAGAGCACAAAAUGUACUUGAAAUUGCUCCAUUAGAUGUUUUUUUACAAUUCCAGAUGUAUUUAAAAAUGUGUACUUUGGUGACUAUUUGUGCCGUUUUAUGGUUCUGUCAAACCAUGCGUGCUUUGUGCACAGAGAAGAGUCAUGUUUGUUCCACGUUGAACCCUCCAUUCCACUCCAAUCCAGACACAGCAAUGGUUAUCAUCUGUAUCUUUUGUAAUUGGAGAGAUGGCUGCAAAAUAUCUGGCAUUUAAGACAUUUCACUUUUUUACUGAUGCUUGUGUUGACGUACAUGUUGGUGCAAUAUCACUUUAGAGUGGGGUGCCAUGUCAUGUUAGUGAUGCAAGUACAUUUACAGUAUACUAGAACACUAAGCAGACAGUGGCCAUGUGCAGUAUGCAUAUGGAUGUAGAUAAGCAAUGGGAAGUGACUGUUUACAUGGUUCUUUUAUUGAAAUGAAGAGCCUGAAUCAACUCUAAUAUGAACUAUUUCCAUAUGUCAAAUUAGGAUUCUAUUUGUGUGAUUGUUCCUUUAAUGCAGGCUUAUACCGUUGGACCGCGAUAGAGGAGUGAAGUCCACUGUGCCUUGUUGGUCUGUCUAUUUUCAGUUUUGUAAUUGUGCAUACAUAGUGUGGCUUGGCAUGAGUGUGGCCCUAGUCAUAGUUCAUAGUCUUCCAAGAUGUCCUGUAUGCUCCCGUUCCCCAGGAAAGUCUGACAGCCCUGGUGAUUUUGGUGUAAAUGAAAUUAGCAGAGUAAUAACAAUAAGAUGGUUAUAAUGGUGAAGUAUUGGAUCAGAGGCCUUGGUGAAAUUGGAGUGGCCUUAAGUAGUGGGUGUGAGGAAGUGACUUUUGAGCUCAUCCAACUGGUGCAGCGUAAGUCUCAAGUGAAAUAGGUGGGUUUGCUGCCAUUGAAUAGUAUUCUGGCAAAGCCGGUGUAACCGGUUUCCUUUCUGCAGUCGUUUUUAUACUGACUGUAAUUCCUGUACUGUUUUACAUUUGGUUUUGAAUGGCAUUCUGGUGCCAAAUAUUAUGUCCUUGUUACAUGCAAUGGGCUCCUGAAUUAUUAGCACUCUUGAUAAAUAUGUGCACAAAAUACUGUAAACCUAAAAAAUAGUGUAGUGUGUAGACGUGUAGUGUGCUUUUGAUUCAAUGGAAUCAACCAAAGUCUUAAAUUUUCCUGUCCCACUUUAUGUUAAGUACCUCAAAUACCUGUGUACUUAUAUGGUAACGGAGUAAGUACCAAGUAACUAGUGUCAGUACACACUGAUUCAUAGUGUCUAGAGCUCUAAUACCUGUGUAAUUCCGCAUACACUCAGUGAGCAAUUUAUUGGGCGAAGAAUUGUGAUCUACUGUAAGUGACUUUGACCGUGGAAUGAUUGUUACUGCCAGACAGGGUGGUUUGAGUAUCUCAGAAAUUGCUGAUCUCCUGUGAUUUUCACGCACAACAGUCUCUAGAGUUUGCAGAGAAUGGUGCGAAAAAGAAAAACAUCCAAUGUGUAGCAGUUCUGCAUGCAAAAACACACUGUUACUGAGAGCCGUCAGAGGAGAAUGGCCCGACUAGUUGAAAGUGACAGUAACGCAAAUAUCCACGCAUUACAACAGUGGUACGCAGAAGAGCGUCUGAACACACAAUGCAUCAAUCCUUGAAGUGGAUAGUAGCAGAAAAAAUAGCUGUGAUAAAUAAAGUGGGGUGCAAUACUUUGGGCACCCCUGGUUAAAAUGUCUGUUACAAUUAAUCUGUUUGUGAUCAAAAGCAAACCUGAUAAAUGGUACAGAGUUAAACAUGAGACCAUGUUCCAUUAUAAAUUAUUAAAAAGGGAAAAGAGCCUUUUUUCUUUAUUUUUACUUUGAGUACCAAUCAUUUUGGUGCUGACCGUAUAUAAAAUGAGUAUCAUUCCUUUUGGCUCCAGGUCAAUACUUCCAUGCUUAAGUGAUAGAAACCUCCAUUUUAAGUUCAUAGAGCAGGACAGCAUUGUUUGGCAUUGUUUUGUGUAUUUAUGUUCUGGUGAAAUGUAAUUAUUUUCCUGAAAAUUAGGUCAAUGGUUUCAUACUUGAGCAAUUGAUCCCUGUAUUGUGCAUUUGAAAUAACCAGAUUAUAUUUAUACCCCAGGUUAAUUGUACAGUAUUUGGUAUUUGUAUUUUAUAUUUUUAUCUCUGAAAAGCAUUACAGUUACUUUAUAAACAUUUUUUUAAUGAAAACUGUUUGCAUAUGUUUUAUUUAUCCUUCAGUGCUAAGAUAUGCCACUUUAAUAACAUGAUAACUGCGAACGAAUAAAGUGCAAUAUACUCAAAA